GGUCGGUUUGUUCCUCGUGGCGCAGAAUCGAGCUUCCUACGAGGGUCCCCGGUUUAGUCGUCCUAUGAAUGGGGCUGUGCUGUGCCCAGCUCAGCGACCCGUGCCCUGGUCAGGACUAUGCAGGGCCCUGGUACCCUCCUGAAUGCACUGGCCAAUGGUUUGCGAGAGCAGGGAGGGCGGUGGGGCCCACCGAGGCCGAGGAGGACGUGGUGCUAUGCCCCCUCCGUUCCGGAUAGCGGUGCUGGGCGCACAGGGUGUGGGCAAGACGGCCAUUGUGCAGCGCUUCCUCCACGAUGACUACAGUGACACGGCCUCGUCAAGCUGCACACGCCGGGUGCAUCUGUCCGCCGCUGUGCUCAAUGGCCACGUGCAUGACCUGCAGAUCACCGAUUACCCGGCCAUCAGCAGCUUCCCUGGUAGCUCUCUCCAGGAAUGGUCCGACGUUUGUUGUCGAGGCAUUCGCAGUGCCCAUGUCUACAUCUUGGUUUACGACAUCUGCUGCUUCGACAGCUUCGAGUACGUCAAGACGAUGCGUCAGCAGAUCCUGGAGACCCGGAUGAUGGGUGCAACAGAGACGCCGAUCCUGAUCGUAGGCAACAAACGCGAUCUUCAGCGAGGCCGGGUCAUCCCUCGCCACAACGUCUCCGAUUUGGUGCGUAAGAGCUGGAAGUGCGGCUAUGUGGAGUGCUCUGCCAAGUUCAACUGGCACAUUUUGCUGCUGUUCGGUGAGGCUUUGCGGAGCGUAGGCUGUGCCCGCUGUAAACACAUGCACGCUACUGUACGGUUUCAGAGAGCGCUGAGGAGAGAGCGCUGCGCUCUCAUGUGAGCUCUGAGCUCGUCACGAUGUCUCACUUGGUUCAAGAAGAAAUCUCGCUAUAGCUGUGAUAAUGAGCUUGGGUUGCCUUCUAGCCAAGGAAUCCUGUCGUGGAUGUUUCACUGAGGAGAAAUGUGUCUUCUGUUCACACAAACUGCUUUCUGAUGCCAAGAGGAAUCCCCAGAUGCCGCUUGUCCACGAAACGGGCUGAGUGAAACAUCUCAACAAUGACUGAAGUCUCAAAAAUCAGCUUUAAUAUCGUGUUGCUGAAAUGCAAAUCAUGUGUUUAUGCUGGGACUGCUUUAAGAAGCCCAGUUCUGCUUUUUAUCUCGGGCAUAUGAUGCACUGAUGAAUCUUCCAGUUCGGCUGAGCAAAAGUGUGUUUCUGUCAUCAUGGCUGAUUGUGUGGCUGUAAGACACACGGGUGAAUAACACGAGCACAAAUAAACGUAUGUGUACGCACAGUGGAUACUUCCAUGUU